AAGGACUGCUUACCUCCCAAAGUCUCUGAGAACGAGAGAUCGUCUUAUAGGAGGGACUGUGGAUCACUGAUGAUGUGUAGGAAAGCUUUUAGCUAGGGGCUGAAGAAGCUGUUGACUACAGGAAGAUCAGAAGUUAUUGGUUCGUCAGUGUCAUCCACUCCUGAGGGGUUACUAUCAGGGAAAAUGCUGCGACGUGUGAAAGGACUGAUCUGCCAGGGGCCCAAGCUGGACCCUGGGUGUUUUCUCCAGGCUAGGGCUUGGUUAAGUGCUGCAGCUAAUCAGGGUGCUCAGAUCCCAGAAGAGAGACUCAGAACGAUAUUCCGCACCCAUGAGAGCAACCCGGCCAACCACUCGGAGCAGCACGAGGGGCAGCACUACAGCAUCCCCCUGCAGGAGGUGAAGGUGGUGUUCCCACAUGGACUGCCCCGCCGCUUCCAGGCGCAGAUGAAGACAUUCAAUGAAGCCUGCCUCAUGGUGCGGAGACCAGCUCUAGAACUCCUUGGUUAUCUGAAAAGCACCAACUUUGCCCACCCGGCUGUCCGAUACAUUAUCUAUGGGGAGAAGGGAACAGGGAAAACAAUGACGCUGUGCCAUGCUGUUCAUUACUGCGCGAAACAGGACUGGCUGGUGCUGCACAUUCCAGAUGCUCACCUCUGGGUGAAGAACCGCACGGAGCUUUUGCCGUCGUCCUACCACAACGAGCGGUUUGAUCAGCCUCUAGAAGCAUCUACCUGGCUUAAGAACUUCAAAGUUUCAAACGAACGCUUCUUGAAAGAGAUAAAAACCCAGCGGACGUAUGUGUGGAGCAAACGGGAAAGCACUGAGAUGGGCAGCCCACUGGGUGAAGUGGUAGAGCAGGGCGUAACGCGAGUGAAGAAUGCCAGUGACGCUGUGGGGGUUGUGCUGAAAGAGCUGAAGACCCAGUGUCCUCUCGGUUCCUUUAGACUCCUGGUGGCGGUGGAUGGUGUCAAUGCUCUCUGGGGACGGUCAACCCUGCGGAAGAAAGACAAAAGCGCUAUUUCUCCAGAGGAACUGACGCUAGUCCACAAUCUGAGGAAGAUGGUGAUGAAUGACUGGAAUGGAGGUGCCAUUGUGACUACCCUUAGCCAGACGGGCUCUCUCUUCAAACCACGUUCUGCUUAUCUGCCCCACGAACUGCUGGGAAAGGAGGGUUUCGACACACUGGACCCUUUCGUUCCCAUCCAGGUUCCCAACUACAGCCAGCGAGAAUUUGAGAGCUGUUACCAGUAUUAUCUUGACCGCAAGUGGCUUCAACAUGAGAAAGUCGGUACAGAAGAAGGGAGGGAAGAGCUGCUCUUCCUCAGCAACUCCAACCCCUGGCAGCUGGAGCGGAUCUCUGCUUCCCUGUGACACCCCCAUGGCACGGGCAUGGGUGGCACCUCUGUCUUUUACCUCUCCGCUGUGCGGGGUGGGGGCACCAGGCCCGUCUGCCUGGCAGAAACGUGGAAACAGCUGCAGCGACUAAUAAAAUGGAAACUGGUG